UGGAGGGAGAGAGAGAUAAAGACCGCCAGCUGUUUGUGCUCGAGCACCGUGUCAACGACGAGGAAGUAUUGAGCCGAGGAUCAUGGAGUUGAAGACAACUCACCUACAUGUUGGUUACUGGUUACAGGUGCCCGCUGCUUCACCAUUUUACCAGCGAAACAGUAUGACAAGGGCGCGCCGAGACCUGGCGGUAAUUACCGGAAUGUCUGAGGGACAUUGUUUAGUCAUGUGCCUAAACCACCGUAUUGUCUAUUAGCGGAGACCGGAGUGGUUUCGAGAGGAGGAGGUGUAAGGGCAGACAGGUAGGAAGGAGUCUAUUGCUUCAGUAGUUGUUUCGUUUUCACUUCUUGUUACCUGGUAAAUAACCAACCACCAUGGAUAACCACAAGGAGAGUAAGACGAGGAAACAGUCAAUGAAAACCAAAUCUACAAAACGCAAAGAGAAGAAAUACAAAGCCGGGAAGCUUUUCAGGAGGAAAUCGUUGAAGUCCGUUGGGAAUUUUAUGAGCAGGAUACUGAAAACUUUGGGAACUUUGGCACACUUUGGCGACGUCGAGCCACCUGACGGUGAGGAUGAUGAUGGCGGGUUCAGAGACAGCGCCGCGUGCACGUUGAGUGCCAACUCAGGGAAUUUUAAUAAAGAUGAACUUCGGGUCUCGAGGGAGAUUAAGGUGAAGAAGAGCGCUUCGACGUUGUCUUCUCAUGGAUCUAUAAAAGACAGGCUGUCGUGGUGCUAUGGCGACAAAACUCCAGGAGUCCUUGGGUUGAAGAAUCAUGGAAACACUUGUUUCAUGAAUGCGGUGGUUCAGUGCCUCAGUAAUACGGACCUGCUGGCCGAGUACCUUGGUUUGGAACAAUACAAGUCUGAUUUGUGUCAGGGGAGAGUAAACGGAAUUGUAAAAAACGAGGACGCGCAACUUGCCAGGGGUGAGGUGACCACACAGUUGGCAUCCUUGGUGCGGGCGCUUUGGACCCUUGAAUAUACACCUCAACUGUCCGUGGAAUUCAAGAGUAUUGUGUCCAAGUACGGCUCUCAGUUCAGAGGGAACUCUCAGCACGAUGCCCUGGAGUUCCUGCUCUGGCUCCUGGACCGGGUCCAUGAGGAUGCCAACCCCACCACCAACAACAACCACAGCAGCAGCAAGACCAAUGCCAACGGAAAGGGCCUGCUGGGUGGAGCGGAGGAGAGCCCUGUCUCCGGCCCAGCAGCAUCACAACAGCCUGGGACUCGGCACAGCUUCGUCCAGGACCACUUUCAGGCACAGUACAGGUCCUCCCUGACAUGUCCACAUUGCCUUAAACAGAGCAACACCUUUGACCCCUUCCUCUGCAUCUCACUGCCCAUUCCCCUGCGGCAAACCAGGUGUAUGAGUGUGACCCUGGUGUUUAGUACGAAAGGUCAGAGGUAUCUACGUGUUGGUCUGGCUGUGCCUCUCAUCGGCUCCAUCUCCUGCCUGCGUGCCAUGGUUGCUGAGGAGGGCAAGACCACGCCAGACCAGGUGGUCCUGUCAGAGCUCUAUGCCACCGGCUUCCAGCGUUCGUUCUCUGACGACGACGAUCUGACCAGCGUUGCUGAGAGUGAUGUGGUCUAUGCCUUCCAGGCUCCGCCCCUCCACACACGGGGAGGCUCCACGCGAAUGUCGGGCUUCCACCACAGCCUCCCAUCCUCCCCGUACACCUCAGGGCCAGAGGGUCAAAGGUUACCCCCAUCGACCACUCUGUCCUCAGAGUUUCUGAACCACGGUGGCUCCACCAAGGUCCUCCUCGUAAUCUGCAACACGGCAGGCUCCGGCCAGCAGGCUGUCAGGUUCGGCCCUCCCUUCCUCAUGAGAGAGGAGCGUACCCUGUCCUGGGACCAACUCCAGCAGAGUAUCCUCAGCAAGCUCUAUUACCUGAUGCUGAACGGAUCACAGGCUCAGAAUGCAGGGUUGCUGUUCAAGGUCAGAGUGGUGGGAGGAUCUGCCUCCUACAGCUACCUGUCCCCACAAGAUGGACGCCCUCUCUUCCACCCUGCCGUGGACAGAGCCCUGAAGUUAUGUGGCCCAGGAGGACCACCCCACGUGAAGCUGGUGAUUGAGUGGGAACACAAGAUCAAGGAAUGUCUGUUUGGUAACAUCCAGGAGGAGGUGGUGAAGGACUCAGAGAGUGUGAGAGUCCAGCAGCAGCAGCACCUGCAGCAGCACAGCUGUACCCUGGACGAGUGCUUUCAGCUCUACACCAAAGAGGAACAGCUGGCCCCAGACGACGCAUGGAAGUGUCCCCACUGUAAGCAGCUCCAGCAGGGCAUGGUGAAGAUGUCCCUUUGGACCCUCCCCGACAUCCUCAUCCUCCACCUCAAACGCUUCCGACAGGUGGGCGAGCGGCGCAACAAGCUGUCCACCCAGGUGCGCUUCCCCCUGGCCGGGUUGGACAUGGCCCCCCACGUGGUGAAGAGGUCCCAGAGCAUGAGGAACCUGGGGGACCUGGGACCCUGGCCCCCCACAUGGAAACAGCCUGAAGGCAGCAGUCAUCAUAUUAGUCACCCAGACAUGGCCCUGCCUCCUGACUUCCUCUAUGACCUCUAUGCAGUGUGUAACCACCAUGGUGGGAUGCACGGCGGACAUUACACAGCGUACUGCAGGAACUCAGUGGACGGUCAGUGGUACAGCUAUGACGACAGCAGUGUGGACCUGGUGCCUGAGGAGGAGGUGUGUACCAGGGGGGCCUACAUACUGUUCUACCAGAGACGUAACGUCAUCCCCCCCUGGUCCGCCAGCAGCUCAAUCAGAGGCUCCACCAGUUCCACCAUGUCGGACCACUGGCUGGUCCGUCUGAAUGGGGACAGUAAGAGGGGUAGUCUGGUGUCCCGCUCCUCCACCACCUGCCCCUCCUCUGUCCCCGACUCCCCAGAGUCCCCCGUCUUCCUUGAUGACCCGCCCAGAGAGGAGGAAGGUGAGGGGCCUGGGAAACAUGAGAUGCAUGGUAAACCAAAGAAAGGUGGUUUUGAGACCAGGCCGUUCGUACGGGGCAUCCAGGGUCGUAGCGUCAGCAUGAGGACCCCCACUAAGAACAAAGAGACACUGAACAAGGUCUUCCCGCUACGCUGGUCGUUCGGCUCCAAGGACCGCCAAAAUAUUGCAGCAGAGGCCGCCCCUGCUCCCAUCCCUGCCCCUGUGGAACUGGUGGAGUACCUAGAGUCUGGAAGAAGACCUCGCUGCACCAAGGACUCUAUAGUCAAUUUAAUGACGGGUUCUGAGAGCCGGAAGGGUCCUGCCAUCAGCUCCCCCAGUGUGGGAAGUAGCCUGAACUGCAUGGGACAAUCAGAGUCUCCGCAGAUGCCAGAGGGCCAGAGAAGACCAGUCACAGACAAGACAGGGAGUCUGAGACGAAGUAGCAAAGGGUCCCAUCAGCAGCAGAGAGACCAGGGGGACCAGAGAGACCAGGGGGACCAGAGAGACCAGGGGGACCAGAGAGACCAGAGAAACGAGGGUAGGAUGGGCAGUAGUAGUAGUACUAACACUCUGACCAGGAGGAAUACCAAGAAGAGUAAGGAGAAGGACCAGGGAAAGCCCCAAGAGGCCCCAUCUAGGAGGGGGUCUAGUGCAGGCUUCCAGUCCAGCUCCAGCACCCACAGCCUCAGGGACAGAGACUGGGAAGGCACCCUGAGGAGAGGUGCCAAGGGCCACCAGGACCCACCACCAAGGGACUGUCUGGUACCACCCGAGGGAGAAAAGAGAAGGAAGGGUGAGAAGGUAGAGGAGGCCUCCAAGAGCCACGAGGGGCUGCUGUCUUUCUUCAAAAGCAACUUCAAGAAGAAGGACAAGGAGUCGUCAUCGUCUCGCAAGUCCGACUCUGGAAAAGUUGGCGACGUCGGCGGGUCCAGCACCUCCCAGCUGUCCCUGUCCAGUGGAGCCCCAGGCGGGGCCACGAAGACGGGGGAGGCAAAAUCCAACGGAGCCCCCCACAACGGGAGUGCCAAUCGUCUCGGAGACGAGCUGCCCAACGGUAAAGCCAGACGCGCCGCUGCUGCCCAUAUCAAACGCUCUCAGAGCUCAUCCAACAUCCCCAGCAAGGAGGAGUCUAGCAUGCGAAGGACCGCCUCUUUACACCGCAAAGGGCUGUCCCAUGACGUGGCUCUGCCCCCUCGCAGCCUCACAGCAGAGACGCCCUCCUACGGUACCCUGCAGAGGACUCGCUAUAGUACCAACUCACUGGGACGCAAGAGGACGGUCCCUGAGUCCAGCUUUUAGCUGACACACACACACACCCUGACACACACACACCAGGGUCGUUUUCACUAGGCACCAAACAGAAGAAAUGGACUGAACAGGGAGGGAUUAUCUUCAUUUGUCGAGUAAGAAAUGCUAUGUUUUUGUUUUCCAUUGCAAAAUGUUUUUUUCUACAUUUUUGCUACAGUGACUUUGCACUAAUCAAUCUGACCCUGAUCAAAGCAAUGGAGCUCCACUGGAAGGAUACUCCUGUAGCACAGAAGCACAGGUAUGUGAAAACCACACAAGGUGGCGUGGAGGGGUGUAGCGUCAGUGAAAGAGCCAUUCACAGGGCCAAGGAAAACAUUUAGGAAAGGGGACACAAAGUACAACUGCUAACAUAAACAAAAUGUCAUAUCAGAAUGAAUAUUUUCUUAUUCCAGUUUUGAUUUUAUUUCUGUGUAAAAAUUAUUGUGACUUAACAAGUGCCUCAGUAACUGAUAUGCAGUUUUUAACCAAUGAGUUUGUGGACACCUGGUCAGCACCGGAAGCACAUGUUGUAUUCACACACAUACAUGCACACACACCCCCACACACACACACAGGCAUGCACACACACACACACAGGCAUGCACACGCACACACACACACACACACAGGCAUGCACACACACGCACAAACAUUAUCUACACUCGUGUCUUAAAAUCGUAGUAAAUGAAUGGCAUUCAUCACUAUCCUCCUCGAUCAGUUUGUCCAGUAGUGGCACCUAAAGGGAUGUUAUGACGGGGUCAUGACAAUACGUUUCGUUAUUAAUGUCUACACGCUCUAGAAGAUUUGGACAAAAACAUUGAUUCAUUGAAAGUCUACAUCAGAGCUUUAAUAGGUGAUUUCCUCCUAGAUUGAACUAUGAAUGAUUUAAUAACUGGUUGUACGUGCUGCUUGCACUGCAAACUGGCUGCUAUAUAGAUUCGCACAUUGCAAGUGAAGGUUAUGAUAUUGCACUUUCUACAAUGCCAAUGGUACCGAACUCUCCCUUUCAUGCAGUAAGAAGGGGACCCUCCUAACAAUAUAACUUGGCCUACGCAACACGUCCCUCUUCAUUCUUAAACUCGUGAAAAUAUGCAGUUUGACCACACAAUCCAUUAUUAUAAAUUCAAGUACAUUUAUAUGGAAAUUUGACAUUUUUAGCACUGAAAUCUGGCUUUAUGAUUCUAAGGAAAUGAGUACAAAUUAGUACAAAAUGACCUCAGAUUGAUCUAUUCUUGCUACCGGUAGGUAAUUGAACUUACUGAUGCUGAUACACUGACAUUCUGGUAUGUAGGUCUAUGUGGUACUGUAUUAGAGAGGCAAGCGAUGUCGAUGGAUUGCAUCACUAUGCAGUUCUCUAUGAAGGAUCAUGCACUGUAACAGUAAGGUCACUGUAACAGUAAGGUCACUGUAACAGUAAGGUCUAACAGUAAGGUCACUGUAACAGUAAGGUCUAACAGUAAGGUCACUGUAACAGUAAGGUCUAACAGUAAGGUCACUGUAACAGUAAGGUCUAACAGUAAGGUCACUGUAACAGUAAGGUCACUGUAACAGUAAGGUCAUUUAUUUGAAUCAUCAGACUGUCCACUACAGUAGGCAGUAGAUGCACUGGUCCGAUCACCCCUGAAUGUCACAUACGUGUUAUUUAUCAACCUUGAUGAGCUCUUUGGCCCCCCCCUUAUCCAGUCUUACUUCUCAUCCUCUCUCUCUUCACUCCUCCACAUCAAUCCGUCUUAUCUUUUUUCAAAAAAAAAAUUAAUUCCCUGUUGUCAUCCAUCGUGACUCAUCAAGUCUCUUUGGCCACUGACUAAAGGUCCCCUCUGCUCCAAUCUGCAGAGCUCUCGCCUGGCGUUAACGGCGUAGGCGUUCGAUUGAAACACCCUCGCUCUCACUGGGUUGAAAUUAGCGGUGUAAUUGGGUCGAGUCUCUACGGUACAAUAUCCCUUCUUAAGAGUCGUUAAGGUACACCGUGGGAAGAGGCUGUAGCUACUGGCAGAGUCACGUAAUGUCUGAGUCUGAGAACCUUUUACAUUUUUUUUACCUGUUAGUCAUCCAUUUUCCUUCCUGAAAGCUACAGUAUAUGUACAGCUACAGUAUAUGUACAGCUACAGUAUAUGUACAGCUGCAGUAUAUGUACAGCUACAGUAUAUGUACAGCUACAGUAUAUGUACAGCUGCAGUAUAUGUACAGCUACAGUAUAUGUACAGCUACAGUAUAUGUACAGCUGCAGUAUAUGUACAGCUACAGUAUAUGUACAGCUACAGUAUAUGUACAGCUGCAGUAUAUGUACAGCUACAGUAUAUGUACAGCUGCAGUAUAUGUACAGCUACAGUAUAUGUACAGCUGCAGUAUAUGUACAGCUACAGUAUAUGUACAGCUACAGUAUAUGUACAGCUGCAGUAUAUGUACAGCUACAGUAUAUGUACAGCUGCAGUAUAUGUACAGCUGCAGUAUAUGUACAGCUACAGUAUAUGUACAGCUACAGUAUAUGUACAGCUGCAGUAUAUGUACAGCUACAGUAUAUGUACAGCUGCAGUAUAUGUACAGCUACAGUAUAUGUACAGCUGCAGUAUAUGUACAGCUGCAGUAUAUGUACAGCCAGCUACAGUAUAUGUACAGCCAGCUACAGUAUAUGUACAGCUGCAGUAUAUGUACAGCUACAGUAUAUGUACAGCUGCA